CGCAAUAGUUGCGCCCCGGGCCACCGAAAUAGUGAGAGCAACUAGAGUAUAUAAACCCCGUAGUUUCGGUGAAAACAGUAUCAGUCGUGCAGUUCUCAGCAUCUAACAAUCAUGGCAUUCAAGCUCAUCUCUCUCGUCGCCAUCGUGGCCGCCGCCAGUGCCGGUGUAAGUGCCCAGGGUCACUACGGAUACCCAUCGGGUCCAGCUUACGCCCAUGCACCAGCACCAGUGUACGCCAAGGCAGUGGUUAAGGGAGUCGACGCCGAGUACGACCCCCAUCCCCAGUACAACUUCUCCUACGACGUGCACGACGAUCACACCGGCGACAUCAAGAGCCAGCAGGAGUCCCGAGACGGAGACGUCGUCCACGGUAGCUACUCCCUCGUCGAAGCUGACGGAACCCGUCGCGUCGUUGAGUACACCGCCGACCCCCACAGCGGAUUCAACGCCGUCGUUCACAAGGAGGGAAAACCCGUCCACGCUCCCGUCGUCGCCAAGUACGCUCCAGCUCCCGUCAAAUACGCCCAUGCCCCCGUAUACUCCCACGCUCCGAUCCCAUACGCCGGAUACCACCAUUAAGCAUCGCUGAAUGUCGCAUUUCAUUAUGUUUAUUAUUUUUAUUUGUUAGUUCUGUACAGACAAUAAAAUAACAUUAUACACUGUUUUUUUAAUGUA